AUGAGGUUGGUCGACAAUAUGACAUCAUUCAAGCUUAUUUCUUUCAAUAAAGUCUUUGAAGUGGCGAACUUGAAUGAAGAGAACAAAAUUAUUGGUCGCAAGCUAUGUAACUUCACACAGGGUGACAACCAGUUCCAUGCGAUGGCGGCCACUGUACUAUCCCUACGUCAAGAUAUGAUGUCAAAUCACAAGAAGAUAUUCAAUAAGCUUGAGGAGAUCAAUGAGCGUAUUUCAACUACCCUGGCCUCUACUGUAGGCGGCUGGGACGAAAAAUCAGAGUUGAAAUGCAUCAUGGAUGGUGAUGUCCAAGCUUAUACUGCAACUCACAACAAAGAAGCUAAUGGAGACACCCUCCCAUUAAGCUUACAUGCAAAGUUGAUGAGCGCCAUCCUAUCCAAUCCUACCGAAUGGAAAAAUCGUCUUCUUCCAUCUGGAUAUGGAGCCAAGCCCAAUCCCAAAGCGACAAAAGCAUUGCAGAAGACUUUGACCAACAUUUGCAAGCAGACCCGAAAAGAGUUCGAAACCAUUCUUCUCACCAAGAUUCACCUCCCACGAAGAAAGAAAGCCAAACCCUGCACUGGCAACAUUCCAGAUAUUGAUACUAUCAUCGUCAAACUUCAUGAGAAGGAAAAAAGUCAAAUUGGUGGCCGAGUGCAAGUUUGUGAGGAAAUCAUAAAAACCGUGGAGCACCUUCGAAAAACCCGAUAUGCUUGGCUGAGAAUGCAAGCGUCUCAUUGGGGAACACAUGAAAUUGGAGUGUUUACGUGUUACUUUGUCUUGGCAUUGUACAAUGACUAUGAUAUCUUCAAUGGCGAAUGUACUUGGACCCAACUCAGGAAAAAUAAAACAAAGUUUAGCUUGCCUUCGGAGGAGCGUGUACAAAAGGAGAUUAAAAAAUUGGAACUAAAGUUUGGUGAUGAUAUGGGAGGAGAUGAAUCACUACAUCCAAAUACCGCUUGA